AUGGCUACGUCUCCCCAAUGGCUGCAUCUCCCAAGUGGCCCAUGCCUCCUCCCCAAUGGCUACGUCUCCCCAAUGGCUGCAUCUCCCAAGUGGCCAAUGCCUCCACCCCAAUGGCUGCAUCUCCCAAGUGGCUCAUGCCUCCACCCAAAUGACUGCAUCUCCCAAAUGGUUGCAUCUCCCAAGUGGCCCAUGCCUCCUCCCAAAUGGCUGCAUCUCCCCAAUGGCUGCAUCUCCCAAGUGGCCCAUUCCUCCUCCCUAAUGGCUGCAUCUCCCCAAUGGCUGCAUCUCCCAAGUGGCCCAUGCCUCCUCCCCAAUGGCUACGUCUCCCCAAUGGCUGCAUCUCCCAAGUGGCCAAUGCCUCCUCCCCAAUGGCUGCAUCCUCCCAAUCACUGCAUCUCCCAAGUGGCCCAUGCCUCCUCCCCAAUGGCUGCAUCCACCCAAUCACUGCAUCUCCCAAGUGGCCCAUGCCUCCACCCCAAUGGCUGCAUCUCCCAAAUUGUUGCAUCUCCCAAAUGGCUGCAUCUCCCAAGUGGCCCAUACCUCCACCCAAAUGACUGCAUCCUCCCAAUCACUGCAUCUCCCAAGUGGCCCAUGCCUCCUCCCCAAUGGCUGCAUCCACCCAAUCGCUGCAUCUCCCAAGUGGCCCAUGCCUCCACCCCAAUGGCUGCAUCUCCCAAAUUGUUGCAUCUCCCAAAUGGCUGCAUCUUCCAGGCGGCCCAUGCCUCCACCCAAAUGGCUGCAUCUCCCAAAUGGCUGCAUCUCCCAAGUGGUCCAUGCCUCCUCCCCAAUGGCUGCAUCUCCCAAAUGGCUGCAUCAGCUCCCAAGGUCAUGGUGUGA